UAAAAUUAAUACAAAAAACCUUGCAUCAACUGUUAUCUUUUGUUUGUAUUACCUAUAGGAAAACGUUAUAAUAUGUAUGAUGUACUUGCUUGUUUAUGUAUGACUAUUGGUCUUAUCUUUUUUACAUUGGCUGAUUCUCAAGUUCAACCGGAAUUUGAUCUAUUAGGUGUAUGGCUUGUAUGUUGUGCUUUAGUUGCUGAUGCUGUUAUUGGUAAUGUACAAGAAAAAGCAUUGAAAGAAUAUAAACCAAGUAAUUCUGAAAUGAUACUUUUUUCGUAUUCAAUCGGUGCUGUUUAUUUACUUGUAUACGAUUCAAUAUUUGGUACAAUGCAAGAAGCUUUUUGGCUUUGGUGGGCUUAUCCGAUAAAAUCUUAUGUUCUUACUAUGAUUUACGCAUUUGCGGGUUAUCUCGGUGUUAAUUGUGUACUUAAUCUAGUCCGACAUUUUGGUGCGCUGAUAGCUGUAACUGUUACAACAUUUCGCAAGACAAUUACAAUUAUUCUCUCAUUUAUUGCUUUUACCAAACCAUUUACUUUUCAAUAUUUAUGGUCUGGUGCUAUUGUAGCAUUUGGAAUAUAUUUAAAUGCUUAUGGACAAAAUCAAAAAUCAAUUGAAAAUUAUACACGUUCUAUAUAUAAUCGUUUAUUAAUGAAAUUUCGACGAAGGAGUGGUGUUUAUCAUUCUCCUCCUGAACAAGUUUAA